AAUAUAUUAAUAAUAGGUAUUACGAAGAUUAGUUUUAGCCUAGGUAAAGAAAUCGUCGCCCUAAGUAUAAUAAAAGUAGAGACGUACUUUAGAAUAAUAACUUUUUAUAUUUUACCCGUUAAUAUUCUAUUUUUCUUAUAUCUAAAAGACAUAAAUCGACUAAGUAUUAUAUUUAAUAAUAUAAAGAAUAGAAUCUCUAGUAGCAAGUACUUCGAAAUAGUUAAAUAA